AGAAAAAAAAACGAUUCACCAACAAAGAAUAACAGAGAGAGAAAAAGCUCAACCUGGAAGACGAAAAUGGCGUUAUACAUCGACGAAGAAGAGGUUUGGAAGUGCACCAAACACCCUUCCAAGCGGAGGAAGACCGGAAUCUGCGCCACCUGCCUCCGUGACCGCCUUGUUAUUCUCUGCCCUGACUGCGCUACCGUCCGCCCCUGCUCCUGCUCCGCCGCCACGUCCUCCUCUUCCUCCUCCUCUGGAGACGGCACCGGCUCGGUUGGAAAAGUCAAUAAUCUCAUCGAGAAGGACCCAGGGCUCCGUCGCUCGCGCUCCUUAGCGAUUCCGUUUCUCCGGUCGCGGUCGAGAUUCUCUGGUGGUGAUAGGGUGUUGGAUCCUGGUACCGCGAGGGAAUCGCCGGCUGUUAACGGGAGCAGGUCUGCGAGGUCGUUUUGGUCAAUGUUUAAGCCGCCGAGAAGCAACAAGGGCAGCGAGUCAGAGCACGGCUGGGAUGUGAAGAAAGUGUUGGCGGAGGAACUCGACGUCGACGGCGGCGAUGCGAGUCAAAAGGCGGUGAUGGCGAGGUCAAGGUCGGUGGCGGUUUUUGGCGGCGAUGGAGAAUUGAGACCGCGGACGAAGGGGAGAGGGUGGUCCUUUCCGAGCCCGAUGAAGGUUUUCCGGCAGUCCAAGGCGUCUAAAGUUGUUCAGGAGCGGUCUCCUUUGUACAGAGGUUGAAUUUUUGUAGAUUAAGUUAUAAUAAUAAUAAUAAAAUGAUAGUAAUAACAACACUUUAUAUAUAUUAACUCAAAAUAUUUAUUUUACUAAGCACUUGAUUAUUGUAAUCUCCAUUCUAAUCCUACUGUUAUGCCUCAUGAUUUGGCUGGAAUUGUUGGAUUUACAGAUACAAAAUUACAAAUACUAAUAGUGACAGAAAGAAAAGAGUAUUGUUGUUUCA